AAAAUGGAUGAGACAUUCUUCGAUUCAAUGGAGUUUUUAAAGAAACAAUCGGUAGCCGAUACAUUCGUCGACAUUUUGUUAUGCGCCGUGCCUAUAUGGCUCGCGGUAAUGGUCGGGCUCGUCAUGGGCUGGUCUUGGCGUCCGAGGUGGACCGGCUUGGUUUUCUUCGGCCUACGAUCGAAGUUCCGGUUCUUCUGGACAGCUCCUCCCGGGUUCGGAGCUCGCCGACUCUGGUUCGCCUUCAUCGCUCUCUCCGCCUUCUCCGUCUUUCGGAGGAUUUUCUCUAACGUUAUGAAAGGGAGAUCCAAAAAUUCGGCAGCUUCCGCUUCGGAUUCCGCCGUUCCAUUGCCAUCGCCAUCGCCGCCGCCUCCUACACUGCGGAUUUCGCCGGAAGGCGCUGCUGAAGCUGAUAGCCAUGGUGGUAAAGCUGAAGAAACAGAGCAGGCUAUUGUCACGCAGAACUUAGCACUCCUCUUGCAUUUACUGGAGGGGAAGGAUGGGGAGAUGGAAUGGCAAAGGAUGAUGGAAAGAACUACUACAAAUAUGUCAUACCAAGCUUGGCGCCAUGAGCCUGAGGUGGUUUCUGAUUUAUUCUCUUUUUAA